AUGCAACAGUUUGCAAAACUAACAAAACUUGCAUAUUUUUUAUUAAAUACAUCGAAAGAUAACAGUAGUUUAUCAAUACUCGCUUGCUUGCAAACAUUAGCUAAACUACAAAAUAAUCUUAUAAAUUACUAUAAGCAGGUGACAAAUCCGCAUUCGUUAAACAAUGACAAUGAAACACAACAACUAGCCAUUCCUAUUCAGAAAUUGAAACAAGAACACCUGUUAGUUCUAAAUACUGACACGAUCGAUCAUAUAUUGAAUAACGAAAAUGGUUUUAUUAUUAAUUAUGAGUAUGGUAAAACAAAAGAAAUCAUCUUUGAUUAUGAUGAAAUUGAAACAAAAUUACGUAACAGAAUCAGUCGUAUCCGUUCAAUUGAUAUAAAUAAAUUUGAUUAUUUUAAUUAUCAGUUUGAAUUAUACAAUCAAGAUGUCUCAUUAUUUACAGAUAUAAGACGAAAUAUAAAACAAGAACUGUUGCCAAAUGAUGAUAAAAUAAAAUAUCGACAAUUUUUAAUGAAUACAAAGCCGGAUGAUAUUCGAAAAUUUUUGGGUUCAUUGGACUAUGUAUUUACAUAUCUUCGAAAUUCAUCCGACCAACCCAGAACAUUGACAAUUCGAAAUUUUGUUCAAAAAGCUAUCCAAAAUAAAGACCAUCUACAUCCAUUCAUCUCUAAUCAACAACAACCAUUUGCAAAUUUACAACUAAAAUUUGUUAUCAAUCUUUACGAAGUAAUCGAGGAAUUAGUAUUUGAUGAAAUAAUGAAAAAUUAUGUUAAACAAGAAUUAAGCGUAGAAGCAUGUUCAAGCGAUGAGGAAAAAUCGAAUAUCAUUGAACAGUUUAUUCGAUCAACAUAUAUGUUAGAAAAUAUGCCACAACCAAUGAAAAAUCCAAAUGUAUGGAUGUCUGUUUUGAAACGGCUUAUUAUACCUGUUGUCACAUCAAAUAUUGAUUUAACUAUACCAUUGCAAAUUUAUAUUGAACGAACAGAUUUAUGGAAUGAAGACUUGAUUGAAUACUUGGAUUAUAUUACUAUUCAACCAAAUAUUUUAUUACGUCAUACUUAUAUUAUUCUAAACGGUAUCGAAACAAAAUUAGCAGCGAUACAGAAUAAGACAAUUGUUGUUAACGAACAAAAAUAUAUUCGAGAUUGGUGUCAGACCAAAAAUGAAAAAUUUCAUGCUUCUGCUACUGCGACUACUGCAACUACUACAGCUGCAGGAGCAACUACCACUACUAACAAUAGGGCUCCUUCUAAAACGAAGAAACCUAGCAAACUUCGUGUAGAUUGA